AUUGCGCAGCUGGGUGUGAGAUGGUGCAUCGAGAACAUCUCGGCAACAUUGUUUAUUUCCGUCGCGUGCAGUGACUGUUUGAUUAACUAUUAUAAUUAAUUAUAAUACCAGAUCGCAGUCUGUCAGAGUUAUCGAUCAAAUAAAGAGGUCGUACGGGCGCUUUUACUCGUUGUAGAGACCAGAUGAGCGCAUUGGUGCUGCUGAAGUGUGUAGCCGCUAACAAGAUUCACAAGAAAACCCUCAGAACUGGACUAAUAAAGACUCGUUCAUUCGCAGCACACAGAGCAGUGCUGGUGUGGACUCUUCGCUGUCCUGCUGAAGCGAGUUUGAUCCGCACACAGGAGCGAAACGCAGCGCAGGAUGUCCAUCACAAACACUCCCACCAGCAAUGACGCGUGCCUGAGCAUCGUGCACAGUCUGAUGUGCCACCGGCAGGGCGGCGAGAGCGAGACCUUCGCCAAGCGCGCCAUCGAGAGCCUGGUGAAGAAGCUGAAGGAGAAGAAAGAUGAGCUUGAUUCCCUGAUCACCGCCAUCACCACUAACGGAGCACAUCCCAGCAAAUGUGUGACCAUACAGAGGACAUUAGAUGGACGGCUGCAGGUGGCGGGCCGUAAAGGAUUCCCUCAUGUGAUUUAUGCACGGUUAUGGCGAUGGCCUGAUCUUCAUAAGAACGAGCUGAAGCAUGUCAAAUACUGCCAGUUCGCCUUCGACCUGAAGUGUGACAGCGUCUGUGUCAACCCCUACCACUACGAGAGGGUCGUGUCUCCAGGAAUAGAUCUGUCUGGCCUCACACUGUCAGGCUCUGGUCCGUCAGCGCUUAUGGUGAAGGAUGAGUAUGAUUAUGACGGGCCGCCGUCUCUACCCAGCACCGAGGGACACAUGCAGACCAUCCAGCACCCUCCGUCUCGCGCCGUGACCCAGGAGCCCUUCAGCACGCCCGCCCUGCUCCCGCCAGCAGAGGGCAGCAGCUCCGCCUCCAGCUCUGCCUUCUCCAGCAUCGCCGUCGGAUCCACAACUCAGUCCAGUAGUGUGCUCUCAGGAAGCCACAGCAGUGAUUCUCUGCUGCAGAUUGCGUCAGGCACAGGGCAGGGCUCACAGCAGAAUGGCUUUCCUCCAGGCCAGACCUCCACAUACCACCACAAUCCCACCUCCACCUGGAGCAGGAACAGUAACUUCACCCCCAGCGUGCCUCACCAUCAGAACGGGCAUCUGCAGCAUCACCCGCCCAUGGCUCAUCCGGCACACUACUGGCCUGUUCACAAUGAAAUCGCAUUUCAGCCGCCGAUAUCCAACCACCCUGCUCCUGAAUACUGGUGCUCCAUCGCCUACUUCGAGAUGGAUGUUCAGGUGGGCGAGACCUUCAAAGUGCCCUCUUCCUGCCCCAUCGUGACAGUGGAUGGGUAUGUGGACCCAUCUGGAGGAGACCGCUUCUGCCUCGGCCAGCUCAGCAACGUCCACAGAACAGAGGCCAUCGAGAGGGCGAGACUGCACAUCGGGAAGGGCGUCCAGCUGGAGUGUAAAGGUGAAGGAGACGUGUGGGUUCGCUGUUUGAGCGAUCACGCUGUCUUCGUCCAGAGCUACUACCUGGACCGUGAGGCGGGACGCGCACCUGGAGACGCCGUGCACAAGAUUUACCCCAGUGCAUACAUCAAGGUGUUUGACUUGCGUCAGUGCCACAGGCAGAUGCAGCAGCAGGCAGCGACGGCUCAGGCAGCAGCAGCCGCUCAGGCAGCAGCAGUGGCUGGAAACAUCCCUGGACCCGGAUCUGUAGGAGGAAUCGCUCCUGCUAUCAGUUUGUCUGCGGCCGCUGGUAUCGGUGUGGAUGACCUGCGCCGGCUCUGUAUUCUGCGCAUGAGCUUCGUGAAGGGCUGGGGUCCCGAUUACCCGCGGCAGAGCAUUAAAGAGACGCCCUGCUGGAUCGAGAUCCAUCUGCACCGCGCGCUGCAGCUGCUGGACGAGGUUCUGCACACCAUGCCCAUCGCAGAUCCCACGCCGUUAGACUGACACACACACUCUCAUGCUGGACCGCAAGACUGUGCGAACGAAUGCAGAGGCCGAUCAGGGUCAGAGGUCACGGCACACACAUGCACACAGACCGACAGAUGCUGCAUUUCUUUCUUUCUGUGUGAUUUUACCAUUUUCACCCUUGACAGUGUUUCUCCAUGGAGAGGUGCAUGCUGGGAUACAGCUCAGACGGUUGCUUUAUUUCUGCUUUCA